ACCGUUUCACACGUCGAUUAGAAUGAAAAUACAAAUAUUCGCACUUUUUCUUUCAUUCAUUUGCACUAGCACAUCAAACACCGUAACAUCGUAAACGAAAACUUCGCUUUCUAACAUUCAAUAUUUAUUUUUCUACUUACCCCUUAUGGCCCGUUGUUUGAGCCGAGCCAUACGUCACUCGCACGGGUGGGGCAAGGAGGAUAUAAUCCAUCACUUUUUUGGGAAGAACAUCACAACCUGCUCAGCGGCUUCGGGUAACGGACUUGCAAAACAAAAAACGAUGUGGUCGAAAAUUGCAUUCUUAGCCAUUGUGGCGCUAGCGGCAUCGAAUCCCGUACAAGACGGUGGAGUCGCGGAGAAUUUAGUCAAUGUGGUUUCAGAGUGUAUUGAAACGGACACUUCGUUGUGUCUUAAGGAAAAGGCCCUCAAAUUCACGGAGAAGCUGGCAGUGACCAAAGACAUCAGCAUUUUCGAGGGCAUGACUCUCAUCAACAGUGGAACAGCCCGUUCUGCCCGUAGCUACGAGCCUUUGGCUGAAGACCCAAAAACCAGGGAAUCGCAGAUCGAGGAAAGGAUCGCCAACAACGUUGGAGACUUCUUGGACAACCACGUACUACAGCUGCGGCUGUCUGACUUGGCUGACAACGAGUCCCGCGGUCUUGACGAGGAAGCUCGCGGCAAGAAGAAGAAGAAGAUCAAGAAGAUCCUCCCCCUCAUCCUCCUGUUGAAGCUGAAGCUCGCCGCCCUCGUCCCCUUGUUCCUUGGCAUUAUCGCCUUCGCUGCCGCCAAGGCUGUCUUCCUCGGCAAGAUCGCCUUCGCCAUGCAAGCCGUCGGCCUCAUCAGGAAACUCCUCAACAAGGGAGGCUCGUCGCACUCUUCUUCACCUAGCAUCUCCUACGGACCUCCUCAGCAUCAUGACGAGCACCCCGGCUACAACUACGAACCAGCCCAAGGAUGGGGCAGGAAAGCCCAGGACGCCCAAACGAUGGCGUAUGCAGGCCAAAUAAACUAAGUCGAUACAAUUAGUGUGAUUGCGUGUGUGUGAGAUUAUUUAUUUUUUGUUUGCCGUUGCCAUGUUAAAGUACCUCAAUAAUUUAUUUAUUUAACGAAAUAAAGAAGUUGAAAAAUA